CACACACGCACACACAUACACACACAACCCCUUCUCCACUUGGCGAACAACACAACAAGCACUGUAUUUACCAGUGUGCCUUUAGAUAGACCACCCCUGUAGAGCACAGACACUGAAGCUGACUGGACUCUAUUUGGAGCUUUCAAAUAAUCUGGACAGGACCUUGAAUUUCAGCAACGGACUUCCUUCCUGUUGGAUUAGUUUGGCUUUAGUUGGUUUGAUUUGAUUUUUGGUGGCAGCAUCUUGGACCGCAAGGUCAUAAAACUUGGACUUGCUCUGUCCUGUUUGACUUUUGUCCUUUUCUAUUCACUGCUGUACUGGAAUUGUAUUCCCCUGUGAAUGCUGAAGUUGGUGGGUGACCCUCAGAAAAGAGGAGGUGAAGUGGUAACCAUGUGGAUCCCGACCCCCAGCAUGACUCUCCCUCAGCGGAUGGUGCUGUAUGGGACAUGUCUUGUGGCACUGAUGAACUCUGUGGGACUUUUGGUGCUCUUGGUCCAGCAGAGUCAGCAACGUGCCUUGCUGGAGCAGACAGAUGCAAGGCUGACGGAGGUGGAGCAGAGCUCGGUGGUGGAGUUUCUCCAGGAGGUGCCAAGAGGAUCAGUGGGGAUGCAGGCAAGCGUGGGGGAACAUCCACAAUACCAGAACCAAUACCAGUACUCCAGGAAUAAGAGAAGUGAAGAGCUGCAGCAGGAGCUUCACCAGGAGGAGGGACAGGAGGUCAGCCAGGAGGUGGGAGAGGAAACAGAGAAGAAGAUGAAGCAUGAGCUGAAGCACAAGCACCGACACAGCCAGAAUUACCACAAGGCACACAUGCAGGAUAACAUGAUGAUGAUGAUGACUUACUCCAUGGUUCCGAUCAAAUUAUUGAUUGACAUUUGCAACAGCACCAAAGGAGUCUGCAUAGCUGGACCCCCAGGACCGCCUGGUUUGCCUGGUGGAGACGGUAUGCCCGGCCACAAUGGGACUGAUGGCAUCCCAGGACUGAAUGGACUGCCCGGGGCUGAUGGGAAAAGAGGAAAAAAAGGGCCGCCAGGUGAAACAGGAGAACCAGGAGAAAAAGGAGAGCGAGGACAGCCUGGUCCGCCUGGAGAGAAGGGACAACCAUCCAAUGAUGUCAUUAUUGAGGGUCCACCUGGUCCUCCAGGACCUCCUGGGCUCAUGGGCCCUCCUGGACCUCCUGGACCUCCUGGCCCUCAGGGGCCUCCCAGAACAAGGCACCAUAGAGCCAACCUUCAGGCUGCUCAGACCCUGGGGUUGUUACACGCAAUUCCAAAUGAUGAAACCUCUUCUGUAAAGGAGGCUGUGAAACUACAUGACAAGCCCGCUAAGAAGAACGAGUGCCUGAUUAAGUCUCUGAUCAACCCCAGGAAUGUGACAAAGAUGGAGAGCACAUUUGGAACAUGGAUGAAAGACACCGCUCAGCUGAACGAUGAGCGAAUAUGGGUGGCAGAACACUUUUCUGGUCGUGUGGUGAAGGAGUAUAAAAGCAUUGCCUCCUUCCAGAACAGCAGCAGUGACACUGUGGAUGUUAGAAAGUUCUACCAAGGCUGCGGCCACACUGUUCACAACGGUUCCUUCUAUUAUCAUAUCGCUGGUACUUCUAGCAUUGCCAGAUUUGACUUUCACACCAAGAGGCUUCACACUCUCACUAUAGACAAUGCUUUGUACCACAACCUCGCCUACCUGCUGCACAACUCUAAGACCUACUUCAAACUGGCAGCAGAUGAGAACAGCUUGUGGCUGAUUUUUGCCUCCAGUGUAGAUGAGAGCAUCACAGUGGCCCAACUGGACCAGAAGACCUUCUCCGUAACGUCCUACAUAAACACCACCUACCCCCGCACGAAGGCUGGCAACGCCUUCAUUGCCUGUGGUGUCCUGUAUGUCACCGACACCAAGGACACCAGAGUCACCUUUGCUUUUGACCUGCUGAAGGGAAAGCCGGUCAAUGUGACCUUUGACCUGAGGUCUCCCGGUGGAGUGCUGGCGAUGCUCUCUUACAGCCCGAAGGACAGACACCUGUAUGUGUGGGACCACAGCUACGUCAGGCUCUAUGUGGUCCACUUCAUCUCUGACGAGUGAGAAACAUACUGUCUGGACAUGACAGACAACAUGCAGAUAUGACUGUUACAUAGUGAGAGCAAAAUCCCUGCUGAGUACCAACUAGUCACUCCAUCUUUGGAAAUUCUAGCAAUUAUAUUUAAGUUUUCAAGAGAGAUGUAGACUUCAGUCUCAACUUUAUUGUCCUGUAGAGCAUUCCUGUCAGCGUUAAAAAUCAGUUUCACUGAAAAGGAAAUCAGUUUUUGGUGCAUAAUUAUUAUAUUGUCAAAAAAAAAUACUGCUGUAUUUAUAUCCUAUUUGCAGUGUACAUGUGAGAUUUUGGAGUUACUAACGGUGUGAAAACUUUUUAUCAUUUUGUAUCAAACAGUUCACAACCUAUACAAAUUGAACUUAUAACUCAACUUUUGUGGCCGUCUGUGUUGUAAGUUGUUACAUUAUUUAGUGUAUUUGCAUGACAAUGAUCUUUUAUGUAUUUUUUAUAUAGAUGUACAUGUUAUCCCCCCUGAUAUUCUGUACAUACAGACAGUCCACCUACCUUUGUAAUGAAGCAGCAUGGUCCCUGGUCGCUUAUUCCUCUUGACAGAAAAGGAAGGAAAAAACAAAAAACAAAACAAAAAAAAAACAGUGCCAAAUCACCCUGAUGAAAUAAAAAGAAUUUAUUCACUUUACAAAGGUAAAACUCUGACCAUGACCUGUUCUCUCACACACCUCCAGGCUCAAGUGCCCUAGUAAGCAUCUACCCAUGAUAUUGGCUUCUUUUGCAUUAUUACAUGCACACACACAUACACACCAGACACCAGUAGGACCAUCGGUAAAACACUUAAGAUACAUACAGUACACAUAGUGGGCAGAAAGAGGGAGAGAAACACAAAUCUCUUUAAUAAAUACCAUACAUACACUUAACAAAAGUUACAACUAAACCAGCUGGUAUGAUACAAACCAAAAAUAAAGAAAUGCUUUAAUGUUUGUACAAGCUGUUGUGGUAUUUCAUAUAUAUAUAUAUUUAUAUAAUUUAUAUAUUAAAACUAUUUCAAACGUUUUACUACUAGGCCAAAUAAAGCCAGACAUUCAUUUGUAUAUAACAGUUUCUUCUUCAACCUAACCUAUUUAUUUGAAAUAAACUUUUAGUGUCCAAAAUUUGAGUGCAAAUAUCUAUUCCUUAUGGAUAAAACAGUAAAAACAACUAGCGAGGUAACACACACUUACAUACAGUAGACUGUGUUGCACAUCUCCCAGUCAGAUACAGUAAAACCCCUUACAUUCCUAAAAUAAAAGGCAAUAAGUUAAAUAGAUUUACAAAAGGAAUGGUCAACCAAACAAACACACAAACAUAUAAAUAAUUUAAACAAUAAAAUUAAAUUAAUAAAAAAAACAAAAACAAAUUCAACAAUAUCUUGUGCAAAACCAGAAGUGAACCUUUGUGUUUCUGCUCUGGGUGGGUGGGCAUUCAGGUUUGGACCAGACAGAUGGAAACAUUGAAAUCACAGUUACAGGAGUAAAACACAUCAUCUUCCAGGAACAGGAAUGUUCUAGCAGUGAGUCUGCCACACAAACAGGCAUUUGAGGGCAGGUGGGCGGGCAGGCGUACAGAUGGCAGACACAGCAGAGUGAACACACACUCGAGGACCAAACCGGGCCAGGGUCUAGCCCAAACCAUGAGAGGCCAGAGUGAGUGACGGGCAGCCAGUGAAAUAGGGGGUGUCACUAUAGGAGCAAUGCACCAUCAACUCUUCCAUAAGGGCUGAGAAAAGCCGGGCAAAACCAUUGAAACAAAAUGCAGAUUCCAACAACUCGAUUCACACUGGAAACCACUGACUUAAUAACAAACCACAGUGCUGGUUACAGUAGAUGCUAAGAGAUUUCAGCUGUGGGCACAAAAUGACGACAGUUACACACUUUUAAAAUUUUUGCUUGAGCACUUUUACAGAGCACUAUCAAUAGACCUGUGAUUGCACCGCGUAACGAGAACAGGACAUGCAUAGCUUCCCUAUGGACACACUCUAAGAGUAGAGAUUCUUCAAUAAAAUUACAAUAAAUCUAGCUUUAAAAUCAAGUAUGAUACCUUUUUCUUGUAACUUCGCUUUCAGCCUUUGGAAAAAAAAAAUAUUUGCAGCUCCGUUUUUCAUUCUGGAUAUGAUUAACAUCAACAGUAAACCCAUGAACACUGAACACUCUGAAAGAUGCCAAAAGCAUGGUGAUCUUUUGACUUUCUUCCCCAUCAAUUAUACUAUUAGUGCCUAGCGAGUGUUAUGUAAGUUUUUUGUGUUUUUUCUUUCUGUCUCUUUCCUCUUUGGACCCUCAGAAGUGGAAGUAGGCGUUACAGGAAG